CAUAGUUUGCAUUGGAUGAGGGGGGCUCAAGACCAGGAAUGGAAUGCUGGGAGAUUCAAGAUGGCGUCCAAUCCGACCAAUCCGUCUCAUCUUUUGCCGCUAGAACUGGUGGACAAGUGUAUCGGCUCACGCAUCCACAUUGUCAUGAAGAGCGACAAGGAAAUCGUGGGAACUUUGCUGGGGUUCGAUGACUUUGUCAACAUGGUUUUGGAGGAUGUGACAGAAUUUGAGAACACAUCAGAAGGCAGAAGAAUCACAAAGCUGGACCAGAUCUUGCUGAAUGGAAACAACAUCACUAUGCUGAUUCCAGGAGGAGAGGGCCCAGAGGCAUAACUCCCAGCAUCCUCCUGGUUGUUCUGGUGCCGUAGUAACCAGGACAACAACAACAACACCACCAGCAGCAGCAGUCAGGAUCAUGUCUGACUCCUUCAGAGUUGCAGCAGUGUUGGAGGAGAUGAACUUUGAUGAACUCCUACAUCCGGUCCAGAUGAUGUUCCUCAUGAUCCUGUUCUGUGUCACCACCUUCUUCAUCCUACCUUUCAUUUUGAUCUCGUCUUAAUGCCGGCUACGGCUUCUUUUCCACACCACGUCGACAACGUAUAGAAAAAAGAAGUAUGAAGACAAACAUAUGGGUCACCCCGUGUCACAAGUUUAUUUUGUAAAGACACCAGAAGUAGUCUUCUUCUGACUGUCACAAUGCAAGUUUCGUUAUAUUGAAGGAAAUACAUUGAAGAUUCUAUUCAAGCACUUUUCUAAGAUGAAACAUUCCUUACAAAGUGAGGAUAAAUAAUUGUAGUGUAUGGAAAAAGCAAACUAGUUUUUUUGGAGAGAGAUAUUGUAUACAAAAGCAUGUUUAGAUCAUGGCAUGUUUAGAUCAUGUACCAUAACUCAUAUUCCUUUCAAGUAAAUGGACGAUAAAGUACUUUUAUGUUUUUAACCUUCAGUUGGCUCGUAUUCUUCAAUCAUGAUCAUGUACUUG